GGCUCAGUCCGCUGCGGCCAGUGUCAGCCAUGACUCGCGUCGCGCUGGCCCUCGCGCUACUCGUCACGUUCGUCGCGUGCGUGGAGGAGGACUGCACCGACUGGGAAGGCAAGACGGUGGGCCACGGGCUGUUAUACGUCCCCGGGCCAGGCGUCUGCUCCAUCUGCGUGUGCUACCACUCCGAGCCCAUGUGGUGCAAGGCCAUAUACUGUGAUCCGCCUUAUUUCUGCACGAAAUUCCGCGUAGGCGAGCGGUGCUGUGAGUUCGAAUGCCUGGACCCUCCGGGAGAAAACGCCAAGUACCAAGAGAGGGAGCGUCUCCGAGCUCUCAUCCUGUCGGGGAACUCCUCAGCAGCAGACAUCACACCUUCCACGAGGCUCAAAGCGGGCAUCUCCCUGCUCGCCGUCGCCAUGGCAACGCUGGUUUGAACCGACCAAUACCGGUUAAAACCGGAUAGUACUAGCUAUCGUUCGGAAAAAACCGGAUAAUAACAGAAACCGGAAUCAAAGGAUGCAAGUUAUGGGUUGCUCAAUUUAUUUUAUGAGCUUCGUGGUGAUGACUACCUCCUUUUCAUUUUGAGGGUACUACGAAUUAGAUUGGACAAUAAAGGUUAGGCAGGUU